GUUUGUAUAAAUAAGCAACUCAUAUUGUGUUACUGUACAAGGUAUUUGAAUCCACAAUGGAAGGACAACACUUGUAUCUUUCUCUCUUGUGCCUCGUUGCAGUUUACACUUUUGCUUCUGCAGAUAAAAGAUAUGUAGAUCCGUAUAAUGUAGCUUCUGCACAUGCAAGUGCCACAGCCUACAACGCAGGAAAAUUUAACCCAGGAAAAUACAAUACAGGAAACUACUACAACCAAGGAAAAUAUGGAUCUAAAUAUCCAUCUCUGCCAAAGUAUUAUCCAAAGUACCAAUCUAAGACGAAAUACCCGUCAAAAUACGCACCAAAACCAUCGUAUUAUCCAAAGUACCAACCUGAGACGAAAUACCCGUCUAAGUACGCACCAAAACAAGCGUAUUAUCCAAAGUACCAACCUAAGACGAAAUACCCGUCUAAGUACGCACCAAAACAAGCGUAUUAUCCAAAGUACCAACAUAAGACGAAAUACCCGUCUAAGUACGCACCAAAACAAGCGUAUUAUCCAAAGUACCAACCUAAGACGAAAUACCCGUCUAAGUACGCACCAAAACAAGCGUAUUAUCCAAAGUACCAACCUAAGACGACGAAAUACCCGUCUAAGUACGCACCAAAAUCAGCGUAUUAUCCAAAGUACCAACCUAAGACGAAAUACCCAUCUAAGUACGCACCUGAACCAAAGUAUUAUCCAAAGUACCAACCUAAAAUGAAAUACACGCCUAAGUACGCAUCCACACCAAAGUAUUAUCCACAGUACCAACCGAAAAUGAAAUAUGCGCCUUCAUACAAACCUAAGAUGCAGUACCAACCUAAAAAAAAGAUUGUAAAACUCCAUCAUGCUAAAACUUCAACGGCAAUUUUGAAACAUUCGAGCAAACAAACCAAAUUGCACACAUCAAAAUCCUAUGCACCACCUACAUAUGAUCAUGAUGACUCGUAUCCAACUAAAUAUAACCCUAAGGGCAAAUAUGUUAAAUUGAACCAUAUCAAAACAAAGACAGCGGUAUUGAAACAUGCAAGCGAGCUAACAAAUUUACACGCUUCAAAAUCGUAUGCACCAUCCAAGAAUGCCAAGGACUCGUAUUCACCUACAUAUAAUCCUACGAGCAAAUACGUAAAAUUACACCAUGUUAAAACAAAGACAGCGGUAUUAAAUCAUGCAAGCGAAGUAACAAAUUUGAAAUCUUAUGCACCAUCAAAGAAUGCAUAUGAACCUUCAUAUGACCCCAAGGACUCGUAUCGAACUAAAUAUAACCCUAAGGGCAAAUAUGUAAUCUUGCACCAUAUGAAAACAAAAACGGCUGUAUUGAAUCAUGCUAGCGAACUUACAAAUUUGAAAGCAUUGAAAUCUUAUGCACCAUCUAAGAAUGCAUAUGAACCUUCAUAUGACCCCAAGGACUCGUAUCGAACUAAAUAUAACCCUAAGGUCAAAUAUUUAAAAUUGCACCAUAUUAAAACAAAGACGGCGGUAUUGAAUCAUGCCAGCGAACUAACACAUUUGAAAGCAUCAAAAUCUUAUGAACCAUCUAAGAAUGCAUAUCCAUCUUCAUAUGACCAUGAUGACUCGUAUCCAACUAAAUAUAACCCAAAGGGAAAAUAUGUAAAUUUCCACCAUGUUAAAACAAAGACGGCGGUAUUAAACCACGCUAGCGAACUAACAAAUUUGAAAGCAUCAAAAUCUUAUGCACCAUCUAAGAAAGCAUAUCCGCCUACAUAUUACCCUCCAAGAUCGUAUGCACCAAAAUACAACUAACCAGAUUCCCACAACAAAUACUACUAAUAAUCACAGUGCUGUACAAUUUGUUCUGGAGUACAGGAUAGGUUCAAAUAUAAUUUUAGAAAAUAUUUAAUCUGGUUAAAGUCAGGAUUGAUAAAGUAAAAUGAUAACUCAUUUACUGUGUAUUUAAUAUGUUAUAAAUUUCUUGUUU